AUGGGGCCAUUGACCACAAAGUCACAAUUGCUCUUAUUGGUGGGAGAGGAAGGAGUGUCAGACAACUGCUGUUUUCUCACUCAGCGCAGGCAGCCCUUUCUGAGGGAGGAACACCUUCCUUCUUUUCUAAGCAGCAAAGCCAUGGAAUGGUGGUGGCUAGGGGUUCUGGUUGCAUCUGCGGUCCAGGCUGAAAGGGAGCUGCUCAACAUUUGCAUGGAUGCCAAACACCACAAGAAGAAACCAGGUCCCGAAAAUGAGCUCCAUGAACAGUGUAGCCCCUGGAAGGAGAAUGCCUGCUGUACUGCCAACAUGAGCUGGGAAGUUCACAUGGAUAUGUCUUCUGUAUACAACUUCAACUUCAGGCAUUGUGGUGUGAUGACCCCCAGCUGCAGGAUGAACUUUAUCCAAGAAGCCUGCCUCUAUGAGUGCUCCCCAAACCUGGGGCCCUGGAUCCAGAAGGUGAGCUCAAGUUGGCAGAAAGAGCGUGUCCUGAAUGUGCCUCUGUGCUGGGAAGAUUGUGAAGAAUGGUGGGAAGACUGUCGUACCUCUUAUACCUGCAAGUCUGACUGGAACAAAGGCUGGACCUGGAGAUCAGGUAAAAACCACUGUCCUCCCCGGGCCCUCUGUCGCCCGUUCCCUCACUAUUUCCCAUCUCCAGCUGACCUCUGUGAGAAGAUCUGGAGCAACACUUACAAAGCCACCAAAGAGCGACGGGGCAGUGGACGCUGCAUCCAAAUGUGGUUUGACCCUGCCCAAGGUAACCCCAAUGUGGCUGUAGCCCGCCUCUAUGCAAGCCAUGCCAUUUCCCAGCAAUUUCCCUGCAUCGUGUUCUUAGCUUCCCUCCUACUACUUGCUCUCUAAGAGCAUCUCUAACACUUAACACACAAAUUCAUCUCAACUGCCAGUUGGCCUCUCUUCUAGGCUCCUGGACAAAAGAACCUGGGACUUUACUCCGUCUGGGGCUCCUUAAGCUGGAAAGAGGUUGCCCUUCUGCCUCCUUUUAUGCAUGUCUGUGGGGAGAUCAGUGUUUUGCUUUAUCUGAUCCCCUUCUGACUUUUGGACUGCCUUGUAACAGAAGUGGCCUCCGUGGAUCAACUCUACUCCCUCAAGAGGGACACGGGCUAGGUCUAUCACUUAACCUCCCAAGGAACCUAAAAAGAAGAAACACAGGUCUUGGGUU